AUAUAUUUUUUCUUUUUUAAAUUCCAGGGUCGAUGUAAUCGAGAAAAACCACCGUGCAAAUACUUCCAUCCACCACAGCAUCUGAAGGAUCAACUUUUGAUUAAUGGACGAAAUCAUUUAGCACUAAAGAAUGCAAUAAUGCAACAAAUGGGUUACACACCGGGCCAAGCACUUGUACCUGGUCAGGUGCCCACAGUGGCGACCAAUCCGUACCUGACUGGAAUGCCGCAGGUUGGCAACACCUACAGUCCAUAUUUUGCGCCAAGUCCGAUAAUGCCAGCGAUAAUGGGACCAGCGGAUCCCACGGGAGUGGGAAGUCCCUUGGGUGUGGUGCCGCAGACGGUGGCGAUGCCGCAGAAGAUGCCGCGAACAGAUCGCCUCGAGGUAUGUCGCGAGUUUCAACGCGGGGCGUGCAAACGCGGCGAGACGGAGUGCCGGUUUGCGCACCCCCUCGAGACGGUGCAGGCGAACGAGGACGGCUCUGUGACGGUCUGCAUGGACGCUGUCAAGGGCCGAUGCAAUCGGGACCCCUGCCGCUAUUUCCACCCCCCUCUGCACCUUCAAGCCCACAUUAAGGCCACACAAUCUCGGGCUAGCAUUGCGAUGGACAUGAAGUCUGUCGGGUCGUUCUACUACGAGAACUUUGCCUUCCCAGGAAUGGUUCCGUACAAACGUCCGGCGGGCGACAAGUCCGGCGUACCGGUUUAUCAGCCAACCGGUGCGACGACCUAUCAGCAGUUAAUGCAGCUUCAGCAGCCCUUCGUGCCUGUGUCAUGUGAGUACACUGGAACGCCACCCCUACCCGCCCAAUCCUCAAAUCAUCAAUCGGUUCAAAACACAAUACAAAAUCAAGCAGCGGCGGUGAACGCCGACACCAAUGGUCACGGGCUCCUUCUGGAUCCCAACAAUCCGCCACCGCCGCCGCCCGCCUCAGUGGCAACGAGCGGCGACAAAAACACAACCUCAAAUCACGACACCGACACAACACAAACAACAAAUCCCGAAUUGAAUCACACAAAUGCGUCGCAUCAAUUGGCCCUACCAGCGCCGCCCAUGAGUCCCAUGACAUCAAUGUCCGGUUUGACCUCCGUCCCAAGUGUCGUCGUCAGCAUGAAUCCAAUGGUCUCAGUCGCCACGUCCAUGGCCAAUUACACAAUGGCCAACAUGGCGAACCUCAAUGUUCUCAGCUCCCUCGGUAUGGCGCCAUCACUAAGUCUCGAUCCCGCCACACUUGCCAAAGAGGUAGCGCAAAAAAAUUACGCCAAGGCUCUAAAACUCUCCCAAGCCACUCAACAGUCCUACGCGAUGAAUCCUCUAAACGCAUUAAAUUACACCGGUGUUUCACUCAAUAAACAAGCAUUAUCAGUGGCAAAUCAUCAUCAUCAUCAUGCGGGAAUGCCGGGUGCCGCUGCACCUAGACAAGUCGUGUCUGGCCUUGCUGGUAUUGGUGGCGGUCUCACAUCCCCCCUCCAAGCUGGAAUACUAUCCUAUCCGCGUGCUCCGGCGAGCGCCACCUUCAAUCCUUAUUCAUUGAUUAGGCAACCGCCGAUGCUCCAUACGAGUCCCUAUAUGCAGACAUCCUUGCCUACUAUGCAAACGGCCGCUACUGUUCAAUCACCUUAUUUGCAAAGUCAUUACGCGGCAAUGCUGCCAGGUGUCGCUGGCAAUCCGGGAUUCGCCACUGCGGGACUUCAGGCAAUGCCACAAAUGCAAACCGCUAGUCCAGCGACUAUUGCGGCUCAACCGCAGGUCGCCAUGCCUGCCAGUAGCGGUGUUAUUAUGCAGCCCUAUAAGAAAAUGAAGACCACUUAAAUUCUUUGCGUCAGUGUUUUUUUUUCGUUUCGUUUUCGAAUUUUUGCGGGAAAAGAGAGGCUCUCUUUUUCAGGGUUUACAAAAUAUGGUUCCUUGCCUAGGAUCUCAGAUUCUUUACUCUACUUAUUAGUUUUCUUGUUUGGUACUAUUUGGUACUACUGGUAUUGUUCGGUAUUCCUAGUAGUAUUCGAUACUCCUAGUAGUAUUCGGUAUUACUAGUAGUAUUCUGUACUCCUAGUAGUAAUCGGUAUUACUAGUACUAUUCGGUAUUCCUAGUAGUAUUCGGUAUUACUAGUACUAUUCGGUAUUCCUAGUAGUAUUUGGUACUCCUAGUAGUAUUCAGUAUUACUAGUACUAUUCGGUAUUCCUAGUAGUAUUCGGUAUACCUAGUAGUAUUGAGUAUUCCUAGCAGUGUUCGUUAUUACUAGUAUUACUCGGUAUUACUUGUACUAUUCGGUAUUCCUGGUAGUAUUCGGUAUUCCUAGUACUAUUCGGUAACCAUCAAGAACUAGUUUAUUUUUAGCUAUACUUUUAACACUAGUGGUCAAAUGUGAUUUUUAAAUUGUCGAUUUUUUACGAUUAAUAAAUUUUUAAGAUUGUCGAUUACUAGAAAUAAAUUUGUAUAAAGUAAAAAAGGGUCAAUGUCCAAGAAAAGGAAACUAAGGAACAAGAAACUUUCAAAAAAAUUCGAUUUUUAGUUUUGAAAAUGAAACUUUAGUUGUUAGUUGUAAUGGCCCGGUGGGUUAGGUGAGCGACUGCUGAAACAGCGUCGAGGGUUCGAUUCUUCUCAAAAGAGUUUUUUUUUCAGUAAAGUUUUUUACUGACUCAACUGGGUAGUCGAUUUUUUACUCGAUUAACUUUAACUAUCGCUUUGUUUUAACAA